AUGGCGCAGCGGACCAUCGCGUCGUUCUUCAAGGCACCCGCCGCGAAACCCGCGGGCGCCGUACCCCUGCGCGAGGUGACGGAGUCCGACGUGAACACCAGGAAACGCGACGCGCCCCAGGGAUGCGUGGUGGACCACGACGAGCGGGCGCCGAGGGGCAAGCGCCUGAGCGCGCCGCGAUCCUUCGAGAAGGGCGCCGACGUCGUAUCGGUGCCCGGCACGUCCGGCGGUACCGCGUCCAGGCCCGGAGAUCGACCCACGCGUUCGCUCGAGCUCGUCUCCGUCGACGGGCGCGACUACCUCGUCGGCGGCCGAUGCUUCGAAUGCGCCAACCUCACGAAAGCCGCGGGGGACUGGCGAGCCGACGACGAACCGUUCAGCGGCGGGAUCUUCUGCGCGGUGACGGGGACGAACCGCGUGGUCUCCGGGCACGUCCUCGGCGACCGUCUGUUGAUGUACGACGUCCCGCGCAUCGACAAAGUCGUGGCGUCGAUGUGCUUAACCUGCGAAGCUACUGACGGAUUUAAAUGCUCGUGCGACGACGACGCGGACGGACGGACCCGCGCGGUGGCGCUGCACUCUCUCCCGCCGCCGGUCGACGACGUCCACGGACCCGGCGCGCCCCACGUGGCGGUCAUCACCCAGAGCGGGGAGCUCAAGCUCGUACGCAUCGACCAAGGCGAACGCGAAGACGCGACCGGAGUCAUCGUCUUCGCCGGCGCGAAACUUCGGGUGGUCGGCUCGUACCUGCUGACGGAGGGGACGUUCAAGUACGCCUUUCCCGAGGGCGAGGCUGGCGUCGAGGCCGCGUCCGACGACAACGCGGGACACAGGCUCGGCGCGUGCGUGACGUGGAGGGACCCGAGGGACGCCGCGGCCGUCACCGCGGAGUACAGAGCGGAGGCGCCGAGCGACUGGUGGGCGCCAGUCGCCGUAGCCGUCGCGUCCAGGACGGGCUCGCUCUGCUUCCUACGUGUUGGACCUUCGAACGGCGGCGACGGCGGCGGCGGCGCGGAGCUGGUGCGCACGGUGCACCCGCACCUCCCGAGGGACGGCGCGCGCGACGCGAGGAUCCACGACGCGGCGCUCUGGGAGGCCGGCAACACAGCUGGCGGCGAUUCUGCUGCCGUUGUCACCGUGGGCGGCGACGGCGUCGUCGCGGUGACUCACUUUGAUCAAACCCACUCCGAUCACGACACCGCGUGGCGGUGCGUGGACGGGCGAACGUCGCGGGCGACGUCGGUGCGCGUGUGCGAGAGGUACGCGACGGCGGUGACGGGUUCGGUGGACGAGGACGACGUACACGUGUGGGAUCUUCAGGACGAGCGGCGGGUUCGAAAGUUCAGGUUGUUCGACGGCGCGAGGGUGAAGGGUUUCGAUCGCGCGACGUACCGUCUCCGGGGUUUGGCGAUCGGGGGCAGCGGGAGGCUGGUCGGGGUGAGUAACACGAACAGGGUGGGCGACGCGACGAUGCAGCUCGAGCUCGACGUGCUCCUCGCCACCGAGGAUAACACCGUGCGCGAGGACGCCGGCUCGCUCCUCGUCCGCGAGAACGCGCGCGUCGCCUCAUCGCGUCUCACCGGAUCCACCCCAAACGGCGCGCCCCUCUACGAGACCGUCGAGGUCAUCGACGGCCACGUCGUGAAGCUCGCGUCCAAGCCCCCGCUCAAGUCCUUGCUGUCCACGCCGCAGCUCCCGGAGAACCUCGCCGCGCACCUGCCGUCCGAUCCCGCCGCGCCGGUCGCCAACGCUCUCCCGUGA